AUGUCGGCCAGGCCGGCAAAGAAGCCAGCUGCCAAGGCUCCGGCAAAGAAACCGGCAGCAGAUGCUGGAGUGGAGCUGCCCGAAGGCGAGCAGCUGCCCAAAAGCGAGCUCACAUGUGAGCUGCCAGAGGGCUGGCAAGCGCCGGUCUUCACUCGGCCGCUGAACGUGGCGGUGCCCUGCACGGGCAUCGAUGGCUGCGGCCACGCUUUGCAAGUCCUCGGCAUCACGGAUGCACGCUUCUCCAUGGUGCAUGAUGUCGAGGGCAGGUACGAGCGCUAUCUGCAGGACCACCUCCCUGCAGAUACGCUUGUCCAUGCGGGCAAGGCAGGAGACAUCACUGCCCUUGCCCGCUCCAUGGACAAGGUCCAGCGGCCCGUGGACGUGCUGGUGAGCGGGCCACCCUGCCCGCCGUGGAGUCUGCAAGGCAAGCGACAGUCCACGCUGGACGCAAGGAGCUGGGUCCUCAUUGCCGUGAUCAAGCUCGCGGUGAUGUUGAUCAUGGUGGGCGAGCUCUCCGCCAUGGUGAUCGAGAAUGUCGUGGGCAUCUCGCAGAAGCUGCCUGGGCAGCAUGAGCCUUUCAUGCAGGCGCGGAAGGAUGUGCUCCUGCGUGCGGAGGUUGCCCAGUUCAGUUGGGGCUUUCACUGCCUCAGCGCGGUGGACUAUGGCUUGCCACAGCAGAGGACGAGAGUCUUUCUCGUCGGCAUCCGCUCAGGCUACGGCGGCGUGCCACAGCCGCUGGGGCCUUUCGGCCGGAGAACUCUUCGGGAGUUCUUGGCACCCGGGCUGCCCCCCGUGGACGUCUCCAAGCUGACGGCCAGCUUGAAGAAGAAUCUGGCCGAUGCUUGGCGGGCGCUGCGGAAGCUGGCCGCUGAGGGCAGCACCGCUUCUGUGGUGUGUUGGCCGCUUGACCGGUCGGAGGGCAUGACGUACCCUCGGAAGUUUUUCUUUGAUGUGGCGCCGACCCUGACGACGGCCAACACCCGCCUCUUCGUCGCCUCCAUGGACGACCUGCACAUGGGGCCGCAGCAGCGUGCCUUCUGGCGCUUCUUGCGGUGCGAGGAGCGGAUGGCUCUGCAAGGCUUCCCGCCGAACACCCUGCAGGGUGAGAGCGACGCUCUGAGGACGAAGGCGUCCGGAAACGCCUACCCGGUUCCUCUCAUGAUGGCCGUUUUGGGGCCGCUCCUGAGAGCCAUGUCGGAGAAGCAGGAGUUGUUGCACGACGGCCCGUGCAGGCCCUGGCAGGAGGCGCAGAUCAGCAAGGCGGUGGCUGCGAGCGAUGGACAGUCGUCGGCCGCCGAGCAGUCGGCAACUGUGAAGAAGAGGCCUGCAUCGGCCGUGGCUGCUGGGCCAGUGAAGAAGAAGCCGGCUAAGCGAGCCCUCGAAAAGAGCGGCAUUGGGAAGAAUGAGGAUAAUCUUCGAAAGAUGGUGGAUGGUGUAAUCAGAGAUUUGCUGUCCGCUCCGGACAUGUGCUUUGCGCAAGCCAGCAAACUGCUGGCGCAGAUCACGCAGAGCGGCUUGCGCCAAAACCUGAAGGAACUUCUGGUGGAGGCGCUGCAAAGCAAAGUUUCGGCCGACGCUGCCGGCGAGGCUGCUGAGGAAGUUGCAGCCAAGGCCGAGAAGAACACGAAGAAGCUCCAGAAGUGCAGGCAUCUGGAGAAUUACCUGCUUGAGACGGAGUGGGAGCAGCUUCGUAACCCGAAGCGGUCUUGGGAUGACAAGCUUCGGCUCCUUGCCCGCCGAUACGUGAGCAUCGGCCUGACGUGUCCUUCGGAAAGAACGAGCAAGUAUGCUCUUGUGGUGCUGUUUGUCGCAAACUACAAUGGUGAUGGGGGUAUCAACACCCUCAGCAUCAAUGCGCAGCAGGCCUACAGCUGCUUGCAAGACUUCAAGACGAUGGUGAAAGCUUUUGCAAAGCAAGGCGAGUACUCCAAGCUCCUGCUCUACCCCGCCAGCCCAGCUGACUUGCCACGGGAGCUUUACUUGAAGGCCUACGGGACCGAAACCCCGUCUGCCAGUCCGCUGGCAGACUCAGACCUGGUCCUUGUGGACUCCGCCCUGCCAGCCCGGAAGACGCACAGCAGCGUGGAUCGGGCCAAGACCCCUUUGCGACUCACAGGCCGGGACACGCACCUGCAGGAGGCUAUGUCCCAGCUGUUUCUGCAGUUGUUUGAAGGCAGAUGCAAUGGAGGCUUCUCUGCAGGCUGCAGCGGAGCAGCACUCAAGAUGCUGCAAGGCGCCCGGAACGGUGGUGAAGACAGCCAGGGCGGCAGCGAGACUGCAAGCCCCGACCAGAAGCGCAGCAAGCAAGCUGUGCAGCAGGCGGAGGAGGAGGAAAGCAAGGAGGAAGCCGCCGAGCCGCUUGCUCUGGAGCCGCCCGAAGCGGAAGAAGCCGUGGAUGACAUAACUUUGAAAAUCGCUGAGCAGCUGCAGCAAGGAAAGGACGAGAAGGCCGCAGCCAGGGCGGAAAAGCCUCAGGCGAAAGCCAAAGCAAAAGCCAAGGCAAAAGCCAAGGCAAAAGCCAAAGCAGAAGCCAAAGCCAAAGCUGUUGGAAAAGUAUUGGACUUUCCAGGCACGGAGGCAAGAGAUGCCAUCAGUGUGGGCAACUUUAGGAUCUACACGGCGGUGAAUUCCCAAGCCUACCGAGUGAGGCCGCUGGGAGAAAAGAAAGACAAGGCUUUCAGCUGGAAAGCGACAACUGCCGAGGAGGCUUGGAACCGCGUUGUGUCCUACUUGAAGGAGCAGAAAGCGUGCUUCUUCUCGGAUAUCCCGCCCAGUCACGUGUUCGUUCCGAAGCACAAGGACAAGGAUGACUCUUCCGAAACCCCGGCGGAGCUUGUGAUCUGUGAUCGCAACUGGAAGGGGGCCAGAGAAAAUCCUAAAAUCCUUUCGGAAUUGAUUGCUAAGGAGAUUUCAGAGGGUUUUCUUGAAGAGCUUGAUCUUGCUUCAGCUCAGCAGCGUUGGGAGAACAUCGCAGUUGCCAAGCUCAACGUGGUUUUGGCGGACAAUCGCAAGCCGCGCUUAAUCAUGGAUGGGACGGUUUCUGGAGUCAACUCCUCUUGCUUCUUGAAUGAGCGAUACUGUCUGCCCUCGCUUAAAGACGUACGCUCUGCAUUCCCACUUCGCAUGAACAACGAGGACUUGUCAGCUUUCAGCUUGGACAUUCGCGCGGCUCACAAAACGAUCCGCAUUCGGGAGAAGGACCGUGGAUUGGCGGGGAUCAAGCUUGAGGACGGUCGACACCUGUGGUACCGAGUUUGCCCAUUCGGCACAGGUUUCAGUGCUCUGUGGUGGGCACGAUUGUCUGCUUUCAUGAUCCGAACCUUUCAUCUCUUGAUCUGGUUGUGUCACGCUUUAGGCAUCUUUGUCGACGACCUAUUGCUGUGGCAAGGUAACAAAGCAAUCGAGAUUUCAGGCUGCCUCAUCCUCAGCUUUUGCCAAGCUUACAAUGUGCCGCUAUCGUGGCACAAACUGCAGUGCGGGUACAGAGUGAAGUGGAUAGGAUGGCUAUUCAACUUCAGAUCAGGGACUUUCCGUCUGCCAACCGACAAGAUUGAGAAGAUUCUUCGUUCAGUGCGGGUUGUUCUGCGGCCAGGCAACGUGGAUCGCUGCGAUCUUGAAAAAACGGUGGGUUUGCUUCAGUGGGUGAGCCAGAUUUCUCCUGAACUCCGCCCCCGGAUGGCAUUCUUGUAUUCGGAUCUGCGUAGACCGGUGGCAACAAACCAUCAUGUGGAUUGGCACUUGCUGCAUGAGUACUUGGAUGAUAACCUGCGGUUCACCAGUCAACCUCCAGGCACAGCUAUUCCACGAGGUGCUCGUCUUUUGUCUGCCAGGCACAUUGAGCUGCACUCCAAGCAGGACUUGAACAAAGGUUCUUCUAUCGGGAUAGGUGGUUUUCUUCGUGUUGAGGGCUCACCCGUCUUGUGGUUCAGCGAGCGAUUUGAGAAGUCGGAUUUCGAUGACUUGAACAUCCCUCUCGACAACAACACUCAGAAUAUUGGAUGCUGGGAGCUCCUGGCUCAAAUUGCUCUGGCACUUCUUUUCGCAGAGACUUGCCCGGGCGGACGAUGCAGGCUUCAGCUGCGUACUUUCUGCGACAAUGCCUCUGCACAGGCAUCGGCAAAUCGUUUGAUGACUACGUCAUCCCCGCUCUGCUUUUUCGCUCAGCAACUGGCUUUUGUCGCUUUUAGACACGGGAUUACCCUGGACGUGCACCACAUUUCGGGCUUCCGCAACGAGGAGGCAGAUUACCUGUCCCGCUGGAACGGCACGGACCCUCUGUUGCCCGAGUUCGCUGAAACCUUUCGCUAUCGCUACCCAGUCAAGCGCAUGUGGCAGUCUGACCAUGAUGUGCGGGUUUUCCCUGCGGGAACGCGUCUCCUGUGGAGUCCUCCUUGA